AUGUACAACAUGAGCGCGGCCAGCAUUCUUGAGCUGCAAACGUGGAUCGUUUACCAGCGCAUCGCUGCCGAGUGUGCGAACUGUUUGUUUAUGACGGAUAAUGCCUUCAAAGCGAAGGAUAUUGGGUUGCGGGCCCAGAAGAAAAUCCUCUCACGGAUGGCAAGCAAAAAUGUAGCCAAAGUAUUUAUCGAUGGUACGACCGCAUCCCUGCUGGACAAUGUUUACCGACUGGUGAAAGUACAUACUGGCAGCAAAAAGGAUGCCGAACGGUUGGUGAAGAACAUUAUUAAAAUCGUGAUCAAAAUUGCGGUACUGCACCGUAACGGACAGCUGAACGCGGAAGAGCUACGGCAGGCGGAUCGGUUCCGCAUCAAGUUCCAAACGCUCCAGAUGGCGAUCCUCUCCUUCUACGAGGUGGACUACAGCUUUGAUUUGAACUAUCUGCAGAAAUCGCUGGCCGACUGCCGGAGCCUGUUGCGGUCGUGUGUGGUGCGCCAUCUGACGGACAAAUCGCUGGGCCGCAUUGACGAGGUGUUUGACACGUUCGCGGAUUCCGCCCUGCUCGAGACGGCCUUCCGGCAGGACUCCCCGUACCGGGAGAUAAUGGACAAGAUUGUGGUCGAUCUGAACAAAGCGAUGGAAAAUGGAGAUAUUUAA